CACACUGCUUCCGCUGGAUUUAGCAGUUUUGGGUUUCCACUAGUUACCACAGCCGCAAUGUCAAAAUGGACUAUAUCAUAAAAAUUCAUGAAAACAAAAAUUAGCAGUGUGGUUAAGGUUAGCGUUAGGUUUAAUAAAAUCACAAGAUACAUUUUAGAAAUAGGCGGGGUUCAUGACUUUGUGGCUGUGGUAACUAGUGACGACCCAGCUUGGUGUGCUGAAGGAGAUUCCCUCCCGCGGACAGGUUGCUGUCACUACAGCUACCAUGUUAUCCCACUCCCGGUGUGUCACCCGGAAUUUUGGUCGUUCCAUCUCUGUCAUUCGUCAGGGAAACAAUGUCUUGGCACGGCAGGCUGUGUCAGGACUGUCAGCUAGCCGUAGUGUCAUAGUCAACAACCCUGCGAAAUGCGAAGCCAGGUCCAGCGUCUUCCAAAUCAGAUACUUCAAGACAUCUUCAGCUUGCAGGAAUGAAGUCAUCACAGUAAAGACACCUGCGUUUGCAGAGUCAGUCACAGAGGGGGAUGUGAGGUGGGAGAAAGCGGUUGGUGACUCUGUCAAAGAGGAUGAGGUGGUUUGUGAAAUUGAGACGGACAAGACAUCAGUGCAGGUGCCGUCUCCUGCUGCUGGGGUGAUUGAGGAGCUGCUGGUCCCUGAUGGGGAGAAGGUCGAGGGAGGACAGGCUCUCUUCAAACUCCGAAAAGGAGCUGUUGCUGCCCAAGCUGCAGAGGCUUCAGCAGUAGCAGUAGCAGCCCCUCCACCCCCUGCUGCUGCCACACCUCCCUCCCCUGCUCCCUCUGCAGUGGGACCCAUCCCCACCACUAUGCCCGCCGUGCCACCCGUGCCAGGAGCUGCCAUCUCUGCCACACCAGUUUCAGCCAUCAAACCCACUGCUGCCCCAGCCGCUGUUGCAGAUGGAGGGGGUAAACCAGCCAGGACAGAGCACAGGGUGAAAAUGAACCGUAUGCGUCUGAGAAUCGCCCAGAGACUGAAGGAAGCCCAGAACACCUGCGCUAUGUUGACAACAUUUAAUGAGGUCGACAUGAGCAACAUCAGUGAGAUGAGGAAGGCCUACAAAGACGCUUUCCUGAAGAAACACAACAUCAAGCUGGGCUUCAUGUCUGCCUUUGUCAAGGCUUCAGCAUACGCUCUGAUGGACCAGCCUUCCGUCAACGGAGUAAUUGAUGACACCACCAAAGAGAUUGUGUACAGGGACUACGUAGACAUCAGUGUGGCUGUAGCAACACCAAAGGGCCUGGUGGUGCCUGUGAUACGUGGAGUGGAGGGAAUGAAUUUCACUGACAUCGAGAAGACCAUCAAUGAGCUGGGGGAGAAAGCCCGUAAGAAUGAGCUGGCCGUGGAAGACAUGGAUGGAGGCACCUUCACCAUCAGCAACGGUGGCGUAUUUGGAUCCAUGUUUGGCACGCCCAUCAUCAACCCUCCGCAGUCUGCCAUCCUGGGCAUGCAUGGCAUCUUCGACAGGCCAGUGGCCAUCGGGGGCAAGGUGGAGAUCCGCCCCAUGAUGUACGUGGCUCUGACAUAUGACCAUCGGCUCAUCGAUGGCAGAGAGGCGGUCACCUUCCUGCGUAAGAUCAAGGCUGUGGUAGAAGACCCCAGAGUGCUGCUCCUGGACAUGUGAGCCAGCCUCUCCGCAGUCACAACAAACCACCCUACCGCCCUUCACACACAGUGGCUAUACCCUUCCUCCUGAUGACAUUUAUUGUUGGUUAACUAGACAAAGGGAUACUUGAAGAGAGCGAAAGGUGCAUUGGACUUAUUGCAUGGGCUGAAAUAGUGAAAGAAUUUAUGCUAAAUGUUCUAUAUGUCUGGAGAUGGAGAGGGUGUUGUACAACUCAAAGCACCAUUUGCCAUUUUCUACCUACAAUAAAUAUUUGUCAAAUAAUUGUAAUAUAAAUGGCAAAAAAAAUUUGCUUAGUUAUGUAUUCAUUUAUUUUUGCUGAGAAAAUAACAAUUGUAACUUAUCAUAAGAUGGACUGCAAACAGUGAACACUAUCGCCUAAGAUGUGGUACAUGGGACAGGUUUUUAUGCUUUGUUACACUGAUGAAAUCACAGUGGGUCCUUUAAAAAAAAAUCUGAUUCACGCACACCCUAAGAAAAGUAUUUAACAAAAUCUUAACCAUCUUUUUUGUUGUAUACUGUUUACACAGACACUUGCCUUUUUUACAGAAUGCUCUCAAAAUGACUGAUGAUAACAAUAAUUCAGAAACCAGGUGGCUGUUGUGGUUUAAAAUAGAUGCUGCCAGGGCUUGGAAGCUAAAAUAAACAUUUAAAAGAAGCAU